AGGCGAACGGCUGUGCCCUGCCCUGAUAUAGCGUCGCAGGACGGCGCAGCCUCUUCCGUUUGUUUUGUUUCUCUCUGAAAGAUGUCGCGCGUUACAGGAGAUGAUCUUCCGCCUGAGAUACUGUCGCGUAUUCUCGAUAGUGUCACGUCAGUUGGUGUUGGUACUGACUUGACCGAACGUCGCCGGUCAAAACACGAACUCAUCGGAUCUAGCCUCGUAUGCAAGCACUGGUCCGAAGCCAUCAGACCUAUCCUCUUCCAAAGACUCCAGUUGCGCAACGCCGAAGACGUACGGUUCCUGAAGAACAUCGUCAUCAGUCCCAGUUUCGUGACCUCGUCUCUGCCCGAGGCCAUUCAGUGGGUAUAUGUCCACCAAGAAGCUACGGAGGCAAAAUCAUGGCUUCACCAUAUCCACGGACUUUCAACCUGUCUCCGGAACACAACAUUCGAGUGUACCGUCGUGAGCCCCGCGGGUGAUACUGCAUCCGCGCCCUGCCGCUGGGCCCCAUUUGAAUCGAUACCCAACGUCACUCCAUCCUACGUCAGACUUUCAAAGCUUACCCUCAACAACAUUGUAUUCGCGAGCACGACCGAGCUUGCACGACUCGUCGACAGUUUCUCCACGCUCCGUUUCUGCAUCUGCGGCCAACUCACCUUCCUCGAUUCGUCGCCGGUUGUCCAGUCACGCAGAGCCCGCCGACAUGCUUCAUCGGCCCUCUGGAGGUGCGGUAUCUCGCGGUGUAAGGAUAUGGCGGUCUCCGUUCAAGCGGCGCUGGCCGCUGACAUCCUUGCGGCUGGCCGUCGCAUGGGCCUUGACGACCGCACAUGGGAUACAACUCUUCAAGCGUUGUUUGUAUUGGUACCAAGCGCAUUUGAAGGGGCAGUUGUGUCUCUUUACAAUCAGAAUGGCCAUAUGUUUGACACGGCGAGAAUCUCGGGCCAUUCAUAUAAUCAAGAUGUGUCUAUGGGCGAUUCUUUCGGAGCCGACAUUAAGGUUUUCCGACCGAGCGCGGACCAGGAUGCAGGGUCCCCACUCGCGCAUGUCGAGAGCAUCGCUCUCACACUGUCAUUUGCGGAUGUCGAAGCCGUGGAUAUGCUUGAUUGGGACGCCUUGCGAGCUGUCAUUGAUUCCCCGCACAUGCACUACCUUCGUAUCCACUAUUUCGAGCAACAAAACAAAGAUUUCGAGGCAGCAAAGAGAAUCCUGUGCUCUGUGCUGCGCCGCACGCAGCUGACCUGGGCUCUCGAGUCGGGUAAACUGCAGUUCGGGCAGUUCUUUGGUGAUCCCGCCACGAGUGCAGAUAUCUCGUCGGUACCAGCGGAACACACCAUCGACGGCACCACAAUCACCCUUGACAUCGCCGAACAAGCCGAGUGGUUGCUGCACCCUGUCCGGCGGUCCUUCAAUUACCUAGAUAACAUUACAAGAGAGGAAUACCUACGACGGCUCGUAGCUGCGCGCGUGAGCGGAACAUCCGCAGACACGGGCUCAGAGGUCGCGCCACCCACCGCAGGCAAUACUCAGAACACGGCACUCGAGCAGACCCACGAGGUGGCAGAUGACAGUGCGCAGAGAGUCGAAGUGUACGAGGGAGUAGGCGGCGGAGGCGAGGAGGACCUGGCAACGGAGACGUAGGGCGGGCGUGGAUAUCGGGCGGUAGCCGGGCGCACUGUCGGGUGAGCGGACGAACUUUGGGGAAGGGAUGGGUCGUGGGCAGAAGCGUGGCCCGCUGCAGGGAGCUUGGGAUGUCGUAUCGGAGUCGAGAAAGCAAGAGCUUCGGUGCGGCGGUGCAGACAAGGAGGAUUGAGGAUGACGAAAAAGUGAAGGAGUAACGGGGCUAAGAAUAAUCGUGACCCGGCGGAUCUUUUGGCCGGCCCUCCCUAGGUGCGAUCGAAGACGAUUUUCGGACGGUUAUACUGAGGUUGGACACUCGCGGCGCGAUUGCUGCGAAUACGCAGAUGAUUUUCUAGUAUUGGAACCUCCAAUCUGAUUUGUCAUUGCUAAGAGUCUUCUGCUCAACACUUGCUCAGCGCUCAGACGUCGCAUAUAGUUCCAACCUUCGACUAUUGCUCUUCAUGUGUCUAGUCUCUCGGAGGGCAGCUACGCGUUUUCUGCCCAGUUUACCUUAUUGUACAUUGUCUUCCCUUAUCUAAUUGCUUGUCACCCUCUGCCCUUAUUCUUUUCGUAGGUUUCAUGUAGUAGUGGAUUAAGAUUAAGAGAUGGAACUGGAUAAUAUUAUUUU